AUGCCGCCGAAAAAUCAGCCCAAAAACACGAAGGAGCAUCAGAAGAAGAUGGCCAAGAAGGUCGAGGACAUGACCUUUGGUUUGAAGAAUAAGAAGGGUGCCAAGAUGCAGAAGUUUAUUAAAAACUUGGAGAACCAGGUGGGUUUUGUGUUUCUUAAGUUGAUUUUGGUAUUUAGGUUAAAGGCCAAGAUCCUCGUCAACAACAACAGAAGAAAAAGAAGGACGAGGCUGAUGAUUUGAAGGAUUUGAGCAAGAUCUUCAAGCCUGUGCAGAGUAUGCCAAAGGUUGCGGCUGGUAAGUUUAAUUUUAUUGAGAUCUGACGAUGGAAAGUAGCAUAAGGUGGUGCUCUUUGGGAAUUUCUUUUAGCUUUUAAUUUUUUUGGAGGGUAUUUAGUUUAUUUUUGUUUAUAUAACUUUUUUUUUUUAUCUUUGUUUUUGAGUUUUGUUAAUUUUUUGUGAUAUUGGUCAUACUGUGUGAUGUUAAAGCUAUUUUUGAUCAGUUUACUUCUAAUUUUCGGCUUAGUUUGUAUUUUUUGGUAAUAUAUUUUAAUAUAAGUUAUAUUCUUUUAGAUGUUGAUCCAAAGUCAGUGUUAUGCGUUUUCUUCAAGCAAGGAAUGUGCACAAAAGGCAAGAAGUGCAAGUUCAGCCACGAUCUGGCUGUUCAACAGAAGACUGCCAAGAGGAACUUGUUCGUUGACAGUAGAGAUAUUAAGAAGGACGAAGAAGAAGAAACCAAUGAGAAUUGGGAUGAGAAGCAAUUGAACGAUGUAGCCGAAAAGAAGCACGGUGAGAAGGAUCGGAAACGGCCAAAUCAGACGACGAUCGUGUGCAAAUACUUCUUGGAAGCCGUGGAAGAAGCCAAAUACGGAUGGUUUUGGGAGUGUCCUAAUGGUGAGAAGUGUAUUUAUCGGCACGCAUUGCCUGAGGGUUACAUUUUGAAGAAGGACAGGAAGAAAAUGGAGGAAAUGAAGCGAUUGGAACAGAUCAGUUUGGAGGAAUUGAUUGAAAAAGAGGUAGGUUUUGAUUUGGAUCAGGUAUAGGCUGACAAAUUUUUGCUCAAAAACUUUGAGAGACUUUGUUUUAUACUUUUUUUGUCUAUGUAAUCUACUAUAAUAUAAAAAAGUUGUCUUUCAUUCAUUUUUUCGUUCAUGCUAUCUACUAUAAUAUGAAAAAGUAGCGUUUUAUUAAUAAAAUACUCAAUUUUUAGCGAGCCCAAUUAGCAGGUAAACCCCAGACUAAAGUGACAUUAGAAUCCUUCAUUGCCUGGAAGAAGAAGAAGCUCCGUGAACGUAAGGAAGCGGCAGCGGCCGAAGAGAAGAGAAAGAAGGCCAGCUUCAAGAGCGGCCAAAAGACUGGACUGAGUGGUCGUGAGUUGUUCACCUAUGAUCCACAAGCUGGAGGUGAUGAUGAUGAAGAUGCUGAUGAUAUUGAAAGGGAAAAGACUGAGGUAAGGAAGGGGUAAAUAGGGUUUUGGGGCGGAUUUAAAAUUUUUUUGAUUUGUUUUUAAAUUUAAAAAAUGCAUUUUGUAUUUAUUUUUUUGCGAAAAAGUUUGAAGAAUUAUAUUAUCAUUGAUAUUCAUACCUUUUUUGGUAUGUAACUUUCCUUAUUUUUCAUUUUUUAAUAAUGUUUUGGGUAUUUUAUACCAUUUUACCUUUAGGACCCAGAAGAAAAAGUGUUUGCCAUCGACGAGCGCACCUUCUACAACAUCGGAGAAGAAGGUGCCUACCUGGAUGAUGAUCUGGAAGAGCCUCAAAGCUCACAAAAGCCGGCAGAAGAGAAGAAAGAAGACACCAAACCAUUGGUAUUCGAUGAAAGCGUCUUCAAUGCUGAAGAAGACCUCCCAAGUGACUUGGACGACGAUGAUGAUGAUGAGGAAGAUGAUGGUGAUCAACCUGGCUCGAGUGGCAUAAACAAAGGUGAUGUGGAGUCGGGUGAAGCCAUAAAAGACAAACUAAAAGUUUGA